UCGUCCUCCUCCCUCCGCGUCUGUGACCCCUCCCGUGGAGUGCUAAUCCUCUCUCUUCCCACUGCAUUUUGGCGUGAAGAAUCGAGAGAUGGCGGUACAAAUCCGGGCGAAGCGGGUCACCGGCCCACUCGACGACGAGGCGAGGGCGCGCCUCCGCGGCGACGACCCCGGCCGCGCCGCUAGCUGCGCCAGCAGCGGCAGCGAUCACGGCGGCGCAACCUGCCUCUCCGGCCUCGUCCACGACUUCCUCGAGACCGGUGGUAACUACGACACGCCCUCCGCCGCUGCCGACGACGGGGGCAGUGGAGGAUCCGACCGUGACGAUAGCGUCGAGGGCGUCGACGCCGACGAGGACCGGGAUCGGGUCGCCGCAGAGACCGUCUGUGAGCUGAUGCGCGCUGUGGCCGAGUUGGACUCGUUUCGGGUACGGCUAGCCGCUGACGUAUCCAGGGCGACUGAGGGUCUCGCCUGGCUGAGCUCGAGCUGCGGCGCCUCAGUCUUCAGGCGGACGGUGAUGGCGCAACUGAGGGCGGCGGGCUACAAUGCCGGGAUCUGCAAGGCGAGGUGGGAAGCAUCCGGGGGGCUUGCCGCCGGGAACCACGAGUACAUCGACGUGGUAGCGGCGCGAGGAAAUGGACACGGGCAGGGGAGGAGGUACAUCGUGGACUUGGGCUUCGCCGCGGAGUUCGAGGUGGCGAGGGCGACAGAAGCAUACAAGGGCGUGGUGGCGGCGGUGCCGCGGGUGGCGGUGGCGGGAGAGGAGGCGGUGCGGCAGGUGGUGCGGGCAGUGGCGGACGCGGCGAGGAGGUCGCUGCGGGCACAGGGUCUGCACGUGCCGCCGUGGCGCAAGAGCCGCUACAUGCUCGCCAAGUGGCUAGGACCAUACCGGCGAACCACCAACCCGUUGCCGGCCUCCCUCGUCGCCGCCGCCGCUGCCGCCGCUACCGUCCCAGAAGGCGACAUCAAGUGCAGGGCGGUGAGGUUCGCGGCGACGGCUCGCCCGGCGACUCCUGCCGCGCGAACCCGUUGAGACGAAGGCUGCGGCGGCGGAUAAUAGUGACGAGUUUCUUCUUUUAUUAUUAUUAUUAUUAUUUUUCUUUUUUUGGCGCGUGUAAUGUAAGAGAUCUGGAUUUGAUACGCGGCGAUCGACCAUGUGGAUGACGUGGCACGAGUGACGUGGGCCAAAGUCAUAUCGUGGUUGGCCACUUAGAAAGUGGGUCCCGCGAGUAAGGCGUUUGUGUGGAUAACGAUAAGGUCCAGUAGAGUUGAGAUUUCCUCCAAUAUCAACUCUUUUUUAUGUGA